AUGAAACCCAUGACCCAGUUUGUGAAACAGAAGAUCAGUGAAGACAUCUCACCAGACCGCACCAUCAACCUCUUCCACUGUUUGAAAGAACUAGGGGACACCUCACUAUUACAGGAGAUUAAAAGGCUAGAUCGUUGUGAUCUCUCUCCAUCCAGCUGUAAAAUUUUGGCAAAAGCACUGCAGGAAUCACCUUCGCAUCUGAGAGAACUAGACAUGAGUGACAAUGACCUGCUUGAUGAAGGAGUGAAGCAGCUCUGUUUGGAAUUGAAAGAACCAAAACACAAACUACAAAUGUGGAGGCUCAAGCAGUGUCACAUUUCCAAAGCAAGCUGUGAAAUGAUGGUGUUACUGCUACAAAGGACAUCUUCAUCUCUCAGAGAACUGGACAUGAGUAACAAUGACCUACAGGAUGGUGGAGUGGAGCUGCUCAGUGAAGGACUGAGACAACCCCACUGCAAACUGGAAAAAAUGAGACUGUCAUUUUGUGGGAUCAGCUAUAGAGGCUGUGCUUUCCUCUCAUCUGCUCUCAUAUCAAACCCCUCCUACCUGAAACUGCUGGAUGUUAGCUACAAUCACCCAGGAGACUCAGGUGUCAGAGAGCUCAUGGACAGACUGAAUGACCCCAGCUGCAAAUUAGAGACUCUCAGGCACGACCAUGGAGGAGAGUACAGAAUCAAACCAGGACCAAGAAGAUAUGCCUGUGAACUCACACUGGAUCCAAACACAGCAAACAGAUCUCUCUAUCUGUCUGAGGGGGACACAAAAGUUUCAACUGUGACAGUGGAGUACCAAUAUGAUGACCACCCAUGGAGGUUUGACUGUAAUCCCCAGGUGCUUUGUGUAGAGGGCUUAUCUAGCCGUUGCUACUGGGAGGCUGAAUGGAGCACUGAUUAUGGGGCCCAUAUAGCAGUGGCAUAUAAAAGUAUUGAGAGAAAGCGGAAAAAUCAUGAGAGCAGUUUUGGGUUGAAUGAUAAGUCCUGGAGUCUCAGGUGCGAUGCUACAAGUUACUGUGCAUGUCACAAUGGUGAGGGCACUGAUAUACCUGCCCCUUCUCCUCGCUCCAGCAGAGUAGGCGUUUACCUGGACUGGAAAGCAGGCACUCUGUCUUUCUACAGUGUCUCGUCUGACACACUCACCCACUUGCACACAUUCCAUGCCACAUUCACUCAACCCCUCGUUCCUGGGUUUGGGCUUCCUAAUGAUAACUCCUCAGUGACCUUGUGUCAGUUCACAUGA